AUGCAGAGGCAAAGAGAAGUCGCUCCCGCGGAACUAACUCUUCUCUGUGCGUGUCGUGUUCCCAUCCCAGCCAUGGAGGGCUAUUCAGUGAAGGUGGGCUCUUCAUCCCAGUCGCCAGAGGGCAGCGCAGCUGGGGCCGCAGCGGAGACGCUCACAUUGCCGACAACUGGGCAAGCAGUGAUAAGCAGCAACUGCAGCACAACUCAAGCCGGCAACUUUCCUCAUCUGUUGAGCAAGAGCUUGGCACACGCGGCAGCCGUGGCGGCAACAGCCACAGCAGCGGAGUCAGCGGAGUCGGCGGUGCCAAUGCAGUCACGCUCUUUAUCCCUGGUGACGGAUACCUCGAAAAGCACACCGGCAAGCACGGGGGUGUUUGCAGGUGACAUUGAUUGGCCGCAGUGGGGAUUAGUUCCUGUGGUUUCGCUGUGUGGCGCCGCGGUGAAUGCCCCUUCCUCGCCGCCGCCGGCCGCCGCCGCUGCAUCCGCGCCGCUCACGGCAUCCCCUGAGAAACCGCUCACACCUUCUACUAUGGUGCCUCCCGUCUUACCAGUGUCGGCCUUGCCCUUCAUCAUUAGCGUCGUCACGCCGGUGAGUGGGUCAAGUGCCGCGGCCGAGAUGAGCACCGCACCGACGCAGGAGAUGCUGGCGAAACUCUCGGCGCUCUCGAUGGACAACGCGACUUUGUCGACGCUGUCCCCUCCCAGUUGUGACCCCCUCGCCCCCUGCCACGACUUCAACCGGCGACUGAACAGCAGUCUCGGUGUCUCGUCUGCCUCCUCGGUCCCCCUUCUGCGGAGCAUGCCACCCCCUCUGGCGAGGUCGCUUGGCGACAACAGCAGCUGCAGUGACGACAGCGCAGCCGCGGCCACUGCUGUGUCACCGCUGUCUACGCUCCUAUCGCGGCGUUGCUCGGGGCCGCAUCCACCUUCACUGCCGAAAAGUCAGACACCCGCUUCCCUGCUGUCCGUCGGAGAGGCGGAUGCACCUCUCGCGCCUCCUUCAAGCCCUUCAGAGCCACCUUUGCCAUUGCCAGACGCCGCACCCUCUCCACAGGCGCCCCCUGCGGACGUCGUCGCGCGGCUGAACCCCUCGCUGCUCCUCAUGGCGCAGACGCUGUGUAGCUGCCCUUUUGCGGAGGUCAUGUGCCCGGUCCUCGUGAUGGAGGGUCCGAGAGCGCGCGUCGCCGCGGCCGCGACAAUAAACCCAGACCCAGCGAGCUCCUUGGCGGGGACCGUAGACUCCGACACACAGAGGCAGACCCUGCCUCUCACACUGGGGUGCCCGCCCUACCCCGAGUCGUCAUCGAGCUCGUUCCGUCACCUCGACUCCCCGCAGCCUCUGGCUAACAACGCCACCGUCCUUGACCGCAAAGAGGACGAGAUGACCGGGGACAGCCGCGGCACUCACCACCAGCCCGCCGCUGCGGUGGCGAAGGGAGACGCGAGCGACGUCGGUGCCAAUGGCGAAGGCGACCCCGAGACGAACUCGGCGCCCGCAUCGAGGAUGCCGGAGUCGAUAUCCAAAACCUUGAUGGGCCGCGCGUCUCUGUCGUCGCACAGCGCGACCACCAACGCCGCCACCGUGGCCACCGUCACCACUGCAACGGCGACCGGAAAUUUCACUCCUGGCCACAGCACAUUCCCGCUGGAGUGGCAGGCCAGCGACAGCCCGACGCCGCCUUCAUCAUGCGCCUGGUCGCUCGUGUACGCCAACGACGCUGCUGUGAGCAUGCUCGGCUGCAGCAACGUGGAUGAGGUGACGGCGGCGGCAUUUGAUAAUCUGUUCUGCUGCUUCGCGCUGACCUUUCCCCCGAGUGCCUCCACCGGCAGCAUCCGCAGCAACGUGCCCCUCGUCACCACAGCAGCAGCAACUGAUGUGGCAUCAGUGCCAUUCGCGCUCGCCUCGCUACUCGCUAUCGCGUCAUCAUCGUCACCGCAGGCUGCAUGCGUCGGGGAGAAAGAUAUGGCCAGCAAUGUCAAAAACGAGGACAAGGGAAGCCAGAAGCAUCAGAAGCCGUCAUCCAACGCAGUGCGGCAACCGGGAUGGCGGGAGGUGCAAAACAUAGGCGAGCUUUUCACCCUUCCCAACUACAGCUACGUCAUCCUGUACAGCAAGCGCACCUCCGCAUACUACGCGGCACUUGCGGUGCCGUCGCAGCAGCCGAGGAUGCCGCAGCGAACCAGCGUGAACAGCGAGAGUACGCCGUCGUCGCUCCCUGCCACGGCGGCGUCAACGAUGAUGUCAGCUGCCAUCAACUUGGCGGCAAACACGAGCACGCCUCGGAUGGAUUCGCCGUCAACGAUGCGGAACCAGUCCCUGCGCCCCACUAACCAGCAAGCUCAAAGCUACCCACCAGUGCCGAGGAAUCCAUCACACCCCAGCGCAGACGUCCCAUCGUCGAGGCUGACGGGCAGCGCGGAGGCCACCGCGAUGGGGCAGUGCGAGCGACGAACCUCGACGAUAUCAGCAGCAACGAGCACCUCCUCCCCCCUCGAGCCCGACCUGAGUGGUGGAGCGUUGCCGCCGCCGCCGAUGCAGCAGCAGCAGCAGCGUUGCAGCCAGUACGUGGAGAUUUACAUCCUUCAGCGGCUAGAGAGUAACCAUAGGCCAGCUGGUGUUGCAAGGAUGCCAACCGCGCGCGCGGUGGCCGCCGGCCCGCCGCCAACGCUGCUAAUGCCUGGCAGCGGCGCUGUCAAUGCGCGCGGGCCGUACGCUCGGACCUCAGCAUCCUCCAGCGAUCAUCGGCCCUCAGUCGUCUUUGCGCCGCCACCCGCAGAGGCACCUCAUCUGCGCAGUGCACAGCAGCUGCCGCCGCCACCGCACCGGCCACCGCACCCAGCGUUGUCUGUCUCUGCCACUGCAGCCGCAGUCACCGAAACGGGUAGUGUCGACUCUCUCGACGUCGACGUGUCGCGUCCGCUGCGGGAGCAGUAUGCGAACCGCAGCCAGCACGCCUCCCUAUACCCGGUGCUGCAGAGCCAGCGCCGGCUUCCGAGCAGCAGCACGGAACGCUCUUCUAACUGGGCUGCGUCGCGCACGAGUGGGCAUCCUGGAUCCCCAGCGCCCGGCGUGCAAGUCACCUUCGGCAGUCCUGAGACGCCCUCUGCCAACAGCGACGCCGCCUCGGCGAUGCGGAGUACCUCGCAGCACACAAACCAAAACAGUCUGUACGAUCUGAGCUACCCGGUCUUCCACGUGAAUCUUGCUCAGCCGACAAUCGCCCCAUCAGACUGCCUGUACGGCGCCAACGAGCCCGCUGGUGCAGCAGCUCCGGCGGCCGCGUUAGCGGGAGGAUCACGAGAACUGUCGCUCACACCACUGCACAAGCCAGGCGAAGGCCCGCACCACAACUACAGCAGCCCUAACAGCAGCUCUACGCCGUCGAAGAAGACGGCAUCGAAUGCCCGUCAACCGCAGCCGAAGCAGCGUCACCUGUUGAGCCGCCACCGCCAGCACAGGUCACUAGCUGGCCUUGUCGAUGACGAGGAUGAGGCGCGCGCGGUGUCCCGGUUCAAGCGCAGCUCCAUGAACAAUUCGCUGCCCAUCUCUCCAGCCCUCCAACCAGCGCCUAGGACGGCUUAUCGCCAACGCAGCCUCAGCUCCGCGCCACUGUCGGCGACAAACACAACCAUUGCCCUCCUAAGUUGUGCGCGAUUCCCCAUGAGCUCCCCUCCCUAUCAGCAGCUGCCUCCACCUAGCAGCGGACAUGUUUCGUCGUCGGGGUCGGCACGCCUGCAGUCACCCGCAGCUUCCACAGAAGCCCUCACCCCCGCAUUGGCUCUGCCAGCACGGAGGCGUACGAUGCAGGAGGUGCGCAACAUGGAGAGCGUCGUCCAGGUGGCCCAGCAGGCGCGCGCCGAACAGCAGCCUAAUUGCAAGAACCAAACUGGGCAGAUCGCGGCGUUUGUGAGCGGCUCUCCGCCGUCGGCGUGGGCUCACAGAGACUCGCAGCAGCCAUCUCUGUUGUCUUUGAGCCCUUUUCACUCGCAUGCCUCCCUGAUGUACCGCUCCCCGCACAGUGGUGGUGAUCACGGCCUCAUGAGUGGCGGCGACGCCGCAGGCCUCAGCGAACACAGCCUGCCCCACCAAACCUUCCCCAGUGCCGUGACAGGAUGCCUGCAACAACAGCAGCAGCAGCAGCAGCAGCCUUCAGGCUGGGUGUCUCCUAAAGAGACCAACGCUGCGCAGAUGCUCGGCAAUGUGGCGGGAAUGUCGUGGCAGCGGAGCAACGAGGUGGAUCAAAUUACGCCACACAAGCUUGCGGACCGGGUGCGGUCUCAGCGCGGCGUCGUGGCCGUUCUCGUGUCGACACGCCUGCCGCGCACCAUCAUUUUCAACUCGGUUGCCUUUAUGAUGUUUGUGCAGCACGUCCUGCGGUUCCAGUACCGCAACGGCGCCACGCAGGUGGCGUGCAUCCUGAACGUGCGCCGUAAGAUGCAGCUGGUCAUUGACAUGAUCCCUGUGGAGAUACUGCUGGGCGCCAGUGACUGCGUCAAGCGCACUGGCACUGACAACGGUGGCCCCAGCACCAACAGCACCAGUCCGGCCAGCCGCAGGGUGAGCGUGAGCUCGAAGGCAAAUAAUGGCAAUGCUGAGGGCACCGACGGAAGCAGCAGUACCGCAGCAAAGGCUGUCGCGGCAUUCCCGAAGCUAAACCCAACGUUGCCGAGCCCGCAGAAGGCGAAUCCCGCCGGGCCUCACCUUCUAGGCUCGCUGUCUUCAUCGGCAUCUGUCACGUCCUCACAGCAGCAGCAGCCGCAACAGCAGCGGAUGGUUCUGGAGCUACUGGGGGCAAGACUGGAGGACCUCGACGUCCUCUACAGCUACGAGGAGUCGAGGAAGGCCUUCUCUCCCGCCGCCCCCACGCUAGACAGCAGCGUCGGCGGCUUCCUGCCCAGCCGCAGCAGAAGCGGCAGUGCCCUCUUCACAAACCCCAAUAGCAGAUGUCUUCCGCCAACCGCGACCGCGUCGUCGCUGCCGUGGGGCUCGGCGCAGCGUUACUCGGCUCAAGCGUCUCCGCUGCAGUCGCCUUCAGGCGACAGCAAGGAAAGUCGGACGACGACGCCGCUGCGCAGCGUGCAGUCGCUUCUCGCCACGGACACAGUACCGCGCCAGCCACACCGCGACCCCCUGCGACGCUCCAGAGCCUGGUCUUACAGUCCUCGCCUACAGCAGCAGGCGCACGACCGUAACUCAUCCACCACCUCUCCCAUCACUGGCGUCCCAAAAGCCGCGCUCGCCUUGGAUGCAGCGUCGAGCGGCGGCGAUCGCCGCAACAGCGGACGUCGUAGCACCAGCGGCAAGCUGAUCGCCUGCAGCGGCACCGACAGGCUAUCGAAGCGGAGCAGCACCAUGAGAAGUAGUGAUAACACCGUCUCAAGCGGCGCCUUAUCGCGGCGAUCGUCGUUCAUGACACAGACAACGGUGGCGGCGGCGGCAGCAGCAGCUGUAAGCGCGGGCGACUCGGUGCAGCGGAAAGGACCAUUCGCGAUGCUUGGGGGCGCCGCAGCUCAUGUUGCAGACGGCAGUCGGGCGGGGUCCGUAGCUCUUUCGCGCGCGAGCAGCCCUGCUACGACAACGACGGCCAGCGGCACCGCGGAUGCAGCACGAGAGGGCAGUAACUUGAGCAUUCUCACGAACAAUACCACCGCGGCGAGCCACCCGUUCGGUCCGGCGUUCUCCGAGGCGCGGGCGCUUGGAAUGCAGCAGAGCACUGGUGAGGAAGGUGACAACGCGCUGUCGCGGCAACGCACCCGCAUGGAAAAGGGGGAAGGCAGCGGCGAGAUCAUCGAGACUGCCGCAGAGAGCUCGCCUACGUCGCUGCCCAGCCGUUGCACCGGCAGUGUCAAUCAGUCGCUGCUGUGGGCCUAUCCAGGGGCGGGGCCGGCUUCGCAAGCCCCACAGCAGCAGCACCGUCGCCACCCUCCACGCUAUGUGUCAAGCUCUUCCUACCUAUCCCGAGACAUGCAAGAGAGCUUGGCCAUGUGCAAUGCUGCCACCCGCAUCCGCACCGACACGUACGAGGGGCGAGUCAUAAUCCCCUUUACCACGCCGCAGCGGCUGGAGCUGCUGAGUCACCUGGGCAACGUGCAGCUCUCCAAGUAUCGCGGGCUCUCCGUCUUUGGUGUCAACCUCGUGAAUCUGGUGACCGAGGAAGCCGCCGCCGAGGCAGCGCAGCCGUCUCCGCAGAUCAUUCCCCUGCGGUACGACAUAGCAGCGCGUACGUACGUGGAGGGUGUACGCGGCAAGAGUGUCAUCUUUUCACCCUUGAUGUCGCCCACCACCGCGACGCGAUCGUUUCUGACCAGCGCCGACGUCAAGGAGACGAAGGCGGAGCCAACGGAGGCAAAAUCAGCCGUGGCAAAUACGGCGGCGGCGGCGAAUAUGUCGAGCGUCGACACUUUGUCUGAGGCUGCAGCACCUGCAGCUGGAGCGGCGGGGUCGAUGGCGUCGCGGCUACGUCCGCCUCCCCUCCAAGCGCUGGCCAGCACUACUUCCGCUGUGGCGACGGCUUCUGCGUCGACGGCGAGCCACAGGGUGUCGGUGACUAGCUCGAAGGAUGCCAGCCCAGAGCACAGGUGCGUUCACAGCAUGGUGAACAGCAGCUCUGCCGCCGCUGCACCCAGCAUCGCCGUCCCCGUUGUGAGGACGGUCAUCAGCGCAACGAUGUCCUCACUCAGUUCCCGCUCGCGCGGCGAACCCUCGGCGUUAAGCUUAGGUGCGGCUGGGCAGAAUGUAGCGCCACUAGAGACCGCAAAUCCAUCUGGCUUCUCUACCACACAGCACGGAGGCACCAGCGGCAGUACAGGCACCUCUCCGGAGGCCGUUGAUGACACGCUGCGGCGUGGCAGUGGGGCGACCGCAUCGGGAGAAACGACGCCGACGCAGCGCCACGCCGACCCCUUUCAGCUGCCGAUGGACCCUUCGCCCGCCGGCGGGACACAUCACGGCACCCACAGAGGGUUGUCAACGCUGUCGAUGAGGUCCACGGACGACGGCGAGGACGGGCAUUUCUCUGCACCCGUCGUAACAGCGGCAGCAGCGCCUGCAGAAGCGGCGAAAGGCAUGGAAGACGGUACGAGACAGCUCUCUGACAACGCUGGAAGAUGUACGAGGCAGCCGCAUGAAGACAGUCCACUCUGGGCAGCGGCGUCCUUCAGCGUAUUAACCGUGAGUAGCGAAAGUCUCCCAAGGAAAGGCAUAAGCUUGCGGCUGCCCGCAGUGCUACUUGACGACACCUUCGCCGCUGCAGAGGGCAAGAGCCGAAGCACGGCUGUCGCGAAGAACGCUGAAGAAGAGCAACUCACGGAGCGCGCGCGGACGACCACGCAGAGGGCGUCAAAGGAAAUAACGCCGCAGCUGCAACGGGGCAGCAAAGAUGCUGCGCCGGUAAGCGAGACCCACAACACGCCCAAUACGACGGUGACCGUGUCCACAGUGAUCAUGCGCUCACCACCACAGCGGCACGGGCCGCAGAGAAGCCUUACUUCACAUUCCUGUUACCACGCCGUUGAGCCGUCUGCCGAGAGCGGGACGUUACAGACACGGCUACAUGUGGCGCUUCCAUUCGCGGAAAGUUGGAACGCGGGGUCGCUGUCGACGCCAGUGAGCCCGGGCGGCAAUAUCCCCAGUACCUCUUGCGGAGUGGGGGUGUCAGGUGCGUCGAUCACUGCAAGCACCUGGGCAGACAGAACCACGUGCAGCAGCUGCAGUGGCACCCCAUCAACGCAGAGCCGGCCGUCCGUGCCGUACCCGUCGUCUCUGCCGCACCCCAUUGUCUCCUCUACGGCGCCUUUGGCUGCUGGCAACAGCAACCCAACGGAGCUGACCAGCACGCAGAGCAGCAAGACGCAGGGCCUCGUCAGCGUCUGCACACAGAAAUCUGGCGGGACAGAGUUGCUCAGCUACAGGCUGUCCAACAGUGCGGCCGCUGCCUUUGGCGACCUCAGCACCGCACUGAAGAAGGAGGAUAAUGAGCAUGCUGGGAGCAGCACGGGGGGGAGCAACACGGAAGGCAAGGAAGAGGCAAAGAAGGCGGCCGUGAACACAUCGGCAUUGCUGGGGCCCCUCGCCAUCGAGGCUCCCGAGACUGAUCGGCGCACUCAACAGUACGCGAAUUCGGUGUUGCCCUCGGGGCAAGCACCCAAAUCGGUGAUGGUCGCUGACUUAUCGGUGCACCCCGCCUUGCCGAGCACCUCAUCCACCACUCUCACUGGCACGGCUGCGGCGCAGUCGACGUCGCCGCACGCCUGCGCAGACGCAUACGCCUCGACGGCGGCUGAGGAAGGCGAUGCGAUGACAUCGACGAUGGAGGUGAAGCUGUCAGGGGUGUCCACUGACAAUGAAAGGCACAGAAACAGCGGCGACUCGGGCAACCUCGUCACACCUGUGGAUGCGAGGAACAAGGGGACGGGGGCGUCGGAUAACUGGAGCGCCCCUGCGGGCGGCGGCAACGCCAACAUGCCCGACGAGGCGAACGACUCGUUUGCCGAAAGCUUCAUGGAUAUUUUCGGUCUCGUCAACCGCCCACACCAGCUGGCAGAUCUGCGACGCUGCGUCAGCAUGCAUGUACGAAGUGUCUGCGAUCAUGGUUUCGUGUCGACUGGCAGCAGUUCCAUGUCCUCUGGCGCCACCGUCAAUGCGGUGGCAGCAACAGUAGUAGAGAGGGAUGCCAUUCCCUACACAAACGCCGCCAUGCGUACCGCUGCGGAGGAAGCGGCGGAUCAAACGGCGCGCAGCAACCUGCAUGUGCUUGUGUACACGACCUGCGUCUACGCAGAAGUAGAGGAGGUCUUAGGCAUCUAUGGGCACUGCACAACCUUCGUCACGAAUGCGGCGAAGAUGCUACGGUACGCCCGCUCAGGGCUGCACCUCUUCGACGUCGUGAUUGUGGAGUGGGUGGACUCUCUUAUUAGCGCGGAAAUGCACGACACGCUCACCAGAGAUGCCGUUGAGGAGACCGUCGUCGCCUUCUUCAUCUCGACAAGGCCCAGCGUGCGCACACCGACGAUGAACGUCAAUAACAUCAUGAAGGACGCGACGGUGGUCAUGUACGCUGACAACCUGCUGGAAGGACUGCUCUCGCGGAACGUGCUUGAGGAGGUGCAGCAGCUAAUCCGUCGCCGCCGACUUCUGCGCUCGAUGGUAGGUGUGAGGAAGGAGCAGUCGUACCAAAUUGUGAGCCACAUCGGCAGCGGCGCCUUUGGCGACGUCUUCGAGGUAAUGAUGUACGUGUCGCGCGGCAGACUGGCGAUGAAGCGCAUCUUUUUGAAGAGCAUGAAGCUGCGGCAGCUGGAGAUCAUCAACCGUGAAGUCAGCAUCAUGCGCUCUCUGGAACACCCUAAUAUCGUGUCUUUCUCGCACACCCGACUGGAGGACAACGCGUACGCCAUAUUCAUGGAGCUCUGCGACGCGACGCUGGCGAAUAAUCUUCUGGAGCCGUCCGUGGCAAUUCCGGGAGCAGCCCAGCGGCAGCAAUACCGCAGCGCCGUCCCGGUGGCGGAAUACCCAGGUAACGCCAUGAGCAACAGCAGCAACUCCGCCAGCGGCAGCGGCGUCGAGGGCAAGGUCGACAUGGAGGGUAUGCUGCGAGCGGCAGCGCGCGAGGGCGGCGGAACCGAAUUUCCCGGCUCCAACGGGGCCUCGAUAAUGGCGCCGGAGCUCAAACGUCCGCAGGACGCCGUCAUGAUCGUGCACGACAUCGCCAGCGCACUGAUCUACCUGCAUCGCCGCGGCAUCAUCCACCGGGACAUCAAACCAGCCAACGUGCUCUUCGCGAACGGCAUGGCAAAGCUCGGCGACUUCGGGUCGGCAGUGAAGAUGACGGAGUCUCGGCAGCUGCGCAACAUGAAAGGGACGGUGAGCUACAUGGCACCAGAGAUGGUGCUUGGCGAGCCGUACACCGAGUCCUGUGACCUGUGGUCCUUUGGGUGCCUAAUCGCACGUAUCAUGGGCAUCAACCUGGGCCACCUGAACGGGCUCCACAUGCCGGCGCUCAACGAGCUGUACCGCGCCAUUCCCAAGACCGGAUCCCUGCCGCUCACCUUUACCAACCGUCUGUCCUCGCGCUUUGCGAAUCACUACACGGAGGAGACGACGAACCGCGUGCUGAAGGCGCUCAAACAUGCCAUCGAGAUGGACAUGGCUGAGCGGCAGCUUUCUGCUUCGCCGAACCCACACGACUCUGCUGACACGAGUAGCACCGUCGAAGGCAAACAGACGCAGAGCAGCAGCCAGCAGACCACCUCCAUUGACAGUGACGCGUCACUCUGCACAGACACGGCAUCGCCGACGAGCGAGCCGGAAUCAGGGCGCGUCACGGAGCCAGAUGGCACCAGGACUGCCACCGCCGCCGCCGCCGACACUCAAAACCGUCGUCGCAGUAUCUUGUGCACCACGACAUCCAAUAGCGUCUUACUGGGCGAAUUCUCUGUGCUGCUCCCCACCUCGCUCGUGGACCUUUUUAAUCGGCUGUUUCACCGCGAUCCUACGAAGCGCAUGACGGCGGCCGAGGUUUUGGAACAUCAAGUCUCGUGGGAUGUGGAGUGGAUGGCGCGCAUGAUGCAGGAGAUCUAUGAGGUUUCGUGCCUGAUUGCGCAGAGAAGCGCGGGUGCGCAAGGCGCAGGAGGAGGGGCGAGCCGGUACCCUUUAGCGGGGCAUGCUAAUGGAGGGCGGCUGCCGCAUGGUGGGGAGGGUGCUGGAAUGGGCGCGGCUACACCGUCAGUGACGACGGGCAACUUCGCGUACUUCCCUAUCCAACCCGGCUCCGGUGAGCUGGCGUGGAUGACUGACAGUAGUGGAGGCCAGCGCAUUCUCGGCUCGGCCGGGACAGGCAGUGGUGCCAACAUCCCGUCAGCCGCGAGCAACUAUGUACUCGACUUGUCUCUAAGCAGCAGCUGUAGCGGUGGUGGCGAUGACAGCGGCAGCAGGGGUGGCGAAGACGAGGUAUCUGACGACUGA